AUGUCCAAGCAUCAAAUCGAGCUGUUGUUCAUCGCCGGUUUUGGAUCCAGCCUGCUGUUUGGAACAGUGAUCGGAUCGUUCGCCGAUAAGUUUGGUCGUCGGAAUAAUUGUGUGAUCUACGGGAUACUGUAUGGAUGCUCUUGCAUCACGAAACAUUUUGCCAGCAUAGAAAUACUUGAUGGAAUUGCCACCAGCAUCCUGUACUCGGCCUUUGAAAGCUGGCUCGUCUACGAACACAACAAGCGAGGCUUCUCCGAGAACCUCCUCGGCACGAUUUUCUCCCAUGCAGCGUUGGGGAACUCGUUGAUCGCCAUUCUGUCUGGGGUCGCCGCACAGUUUGCCGCCGAUGCCUAUGGAUUCGCACCAUUCGACUUGUCGCUGAUGGUCCUGGCAGUGAUGAGUUUAUUCAUACUGAAAACGUGGCCCGAAAAUUACGGCGAUGAAAAGGCUCCUCUACGAGACACAUUCCUCAAAGCAAUUCGGACAAUAAGAACAGGUGGG